AUGAUCAUAUUACGGGCCACGUUUGAGGCCUCUGGCCAUAGCGAGUCGCUUCAGCUUAUCAAAAAGAAACAGCAAGUGUUUCCUCAAUAUGGGGAGUUCAGUGCCGGCUCUAAGCCAUUGAUCUUGGGAUCCAAACGAUACGCCUUUCCCUUCCGUGUCUCGUUCCCUCAUGAUCCUGAAUCCUUCGGAGGGCACUCAAAUAGAUCUUGGGAGAGCAAGUCCCAGACAGAAUCACCUGCCACCAGCAGACUGGGACAACUUCCACCCUCGACUGGGAAUUCAUCCAGCAGCACUGAGAUAGUUUAUACGCUCAACGCAGGCGUUGUAGUGGGCAAUGUGUUUAAACAGUCAAUCCAGCAGUCUCGCCGAGUCUUCUUCUACCCGACAAUCAGUCCCCAGCCACCUCCACCAUCCAUGGCCUUCCGCCGUGCAGUGGUCUUUCCCUGCAAUGGCGCAUCAAGCCCAGCUACCGCCUACCAGGUUACGAUCGAGCUGAGUCAAGGAUCACAACUGAGCCUAGGCCAAAGCCUUCUGAUCAGUAUACAGGUCACCUGGGCCGGUCCCGCAGACCACGACCUUCUUCUCAACGAUUACCAAGCAAUGCUGAUCCAAGGAACCGUCACACGAGUGAGGGAUCUGACCCAAAUGCAGCGCAUCUCUCGGAUUCUCCGAACCCUGAGUAAUCUGCAUCAGAGGAUAUUCCUCGCCGAUACACCGGCUGGGAGCACAGUGCAUGUGUCAGACAAUUUAUGGGGUGGUCAAUCUUUGUCGGGAAAUCUCGUUUCGAGCUUCGAGACCUCUCGAAUCCACCGCCGUUAUAAGCUUGAGGUACGAUUGGGCUCCAAUAGUGGUCCGGAGAAGGUACACACACGCAUUCUUGAAGUCCAAUACCCUGUUUCUAUCGUGGCGAUAGCCUCCGCGCCGCUUCCGCUCACCAGUCCGCCGGUCCGAGAAAGGCGGGAGGAGUCCUUGCGCGAGGGUGUGCAUUGGAAGAAUAUGAAGCAAUAA